AUGUCGCAAAAUUCAAACUCAGAACAUGCGACCAAUGAGGUUGCUACAAUCACUUCUUCCGAAACGGGUACCAAAUUAAACGAAUCCUCGGGAAUCACGAGUGGUAUGCAAGAAGUUCGUGAUGUGAACGGUGUUGAUCUUGAAAAGGCAAAAGACGAAGAUGACAAAGCCGAAAUGACCAAAACCCAAGUUAUAUUGGUUUUUGUUGGUCUUUGCUUUGGCAUGUUUCUGGCUGCAUUGGAUCAGACAAUAGUAGCGACCGUGGUGCCCAAGAUUGCAUUCGACUUUAAAGAUCUUGACAGAAUCGCGUGGAUUGGAACGUCUUAUCUGCUCACAGUGUCAGCUUUCCAACCAACGUAUGGGAAGCUCUCGGACAUAUUCGGAAGGAAAAUAACGUUUUUAAUAGCAAUUCUAAUUUUUGAAAUUGGAUCUUUGUUAUGCGGUCUUUCUAACAGCAUGACAAUGAUCAUUAUCUCACGCGCCGUUGCCGGUGUGGGCGGAGGUGGCAUCAUGGGUUUUGGUGUUGCUUCAGUGGUCGGACCUGUCCUAGGUGGAGCUUUCGCAGAUAAUGAGAAGAUAACAUGGAGGUUUCAGCUCGAUCUUCAUAUAUUUUUCUUUAAAUUUGGUGCUAUAACAAUUAUUGUGUCACUACUAUUUCUUCAUAUUCACCAAUCUACUGGAUCUUUUCGUGAAAAACUUGUACGUAUUGAUUGGUUGGGAACUCUCGUGAUCGCUGCCUCUACAGUCUUGAUCCUGCUCGCGCUAAACUGGGGUGGAAACGAGUAUGCAUGGAAUUCUGCUUUAAUUAUUGUUUUACUUAUCAUCGGUGUGAUUGGAUUUAUCCUUUUCGGAUUUGUGGAAUCUCAUUUUGCUUUAGAACCUUUGGCUCCCA